UUAUUACUAAUAUUACAAAUUGGUGUUAGUUUGGCCACAAUUAACUACGGGUGUAACGCAAAGUUUGGCGAAAAUGAUAUUGAAUGUAACAGCGCCUGUAAGGAUCAUGGGUACCAGAUCGGUCACUGCGAUAUUUACAUGAGAAGGUGCACCUGUUUCGGGUAUUACCUGCCCUAUCACCUGCUCACCCACACAGACAUGAGAGAUCACAAGGAAAUGGAUACUACGGACCAAUUGAUUAAUGAGGCCCAGGAGGAGGUGCCUGAGAAAGUGGCCGAUGAUAAAGAAUCCCAUGAAUCUAAUGAU